CUUCCAGAGUCUGGCAGCAACCUCCAUUUCCAGGCAGUCCCUGUCAGUUGGAGGUGCCAAUAGUGUGGAUUAAGGCUGGGUAAAUCACUCUAGUCUGGGACUAGGAUGGUGGAUAGGGAGCAACCCAGCCUAGACCUAGGCCCCCAGCUCCACAGUCUAAGCAGGCCAGUGACUCUUACCCCUUGUUUCCUGAACCUGAAAUGUUAUGUCCUGCUUUGGCCGGGCUGGUGAAGGACUGGGCUUGGCAUUGUGUCCUCAUGGCUGGUCAACUGGGUCUAGGACUGCUCUGCUAUACCAGGUUGCUCAAGGAGGGUCUGGACAUCAUCAACCUUUCCCCCUUCAAGUUGAAGCCCCAAUAUCAGUAUUGUUCCCUGCUGUGUGCAGAGAACAAGAGCUAAGCUAUGGCCCCAGCCUCCCUCUGUAGGGGCCAAUCUGGGUGGAGCUAGGGGUCACACACCCAGCAAUGCCAACUGUCACAAAGCCAUUGCAAGACUCAGGAUUUCAAAGUCAAAAUAACUUCAGCUCGCUAUCUCUCAAUCCAACCCUCAUAUCUCUGGAUUUUCGCAGCUGGGAAAUACCUGGCCAUCACUAUGGCUUUGUUAACUGAGGCUGAUAAGAAGAAUAUCCGAUGUACCUGGGCAAAGUUAUUUGAGAAUCCAGAAGAGCAUGGAAAAUCAAUUGUGAUUAAGCUCUUCACAGAUUAUCCCGAGACAAAAAAAUACUUCAAGACCAUCCCAACUGAAGGCAACCUGCAGGCAAAUCCACUGGUGCGUUUUCAUGGGAGGAGAGUCAUGGUUGCCGUAAACCAGGUGGUUGAAAAUCUAGACAAUUGGAAGCAAGCCUGCAGAAUUCUGGACCGUCUGGCAGAUAAACACAGGACUUCACACAAUGUUGAAGUUGAGAAUUUUCAGUAUAUAUUUCAGGUGAUGGAGUGUGUACUCAGAAAUGUCUUGGGAAAUGAGUUCAAUAGCAGGGUCUCCACCUCCUGGAAGAAGCUAUUCACUUUACUCUUUGAGCAAAUAGAGGAAACGUAUGGGAGCUCUUCCCAGUCCUGAAGUGUCCACAGUAACUCCACUGUGAUGGAAGCAGGGAGGCAGAUUUUUGUUAUUGUUUCUGCUGGUAUAAAUGUAAGGAGAUACCUGUAAAAUAGAUAGAAUAAAAUGGAGCUUUGGGGUAUGAGGCUGAACAAAACUCCUUGGUCAGUG